AUGGCCACUGCGCUAGACUUAGAUCUGUUACAAACGCCGUUUGCACCAAGUCCUGGGGUGACCCAACCCGGAGCUUCUGCUCGCUCUCCAUCACCGACACUACAGGGCUCAGGCAACUAUAAUUACACUCGCGAAAGUGGCACAGAUGGCUCAAACGCAAUGCCAGCGUCCACAGGCUGGUUGGGGUCUGCGGACAUGUAUCAUAAUACCCAAGGUGCAUUGCAGGUGUGCUGGCAGCAGCAGUUUAACCAAGAAUGGGCAUUGCUAUCCUCGCAGGCUCCUGUUCCUUUAGCAGGAAUAUCUACGAACCCGGUAAACGACGUGGUGAGGAGCAAUUCAAAGUCCCCAUGCCUCUUAACUACAAUGCGCCAAUUGUCAGAAUUGAAUGUCGAACUAUUUGCACAUGAAACGACGGUACCCAAGCCCCCGGUGUCCCUAUCCGAACCACUGAGCUGGAAGGACAAGGACUUUGCGAUUGAUCGUACUUUCCAGCUUUCCCAGCGACUCAUUGAAGCCCUCAACAAACAAUAUCCUCGUUAUCUAGAAACGGCUUCGGUGGAUGUGUCAAAGGAUUCAUCAAGUGAUGUCACACAAUCCUCGACGGCCCCAGUUGACCAAGGAUUUUUUCUUCUGAUCCUUUCCUGCUACACACGGCUGAUCGAGAUCUAUGAUCGAAUAUUUGCUAAUAUGCAGGCAUGCUUGGACCGCUCCUCUGUGACUGAUCGAGAAGACUACGUCAACCUCCCAUCUGUGAAGGUUGGAUCCUUCUCAUUGCCAGACUCUUCUGCCACCCAGAUCUUGCUCAUACUCCAGCUAUCGCGUCAUUUGUUGACCCGAAUGAGUGAAGUCAUAGAGGCUAUAGGUGUCGAUAAACCAAACAAUAAGCAGGAUCUCACAGCUUCUGAGUGCGCAACAGGCCCUGGUACACUUCUGGUUAAAAGCGCACUUACUACCGUCAAGCUGCAAGAGGAUGGUCUGAUGAAGAGAAUCACCCAACUACGAAGCACUCUGCUCGAAUUAAAUAUUCUGUGA